CCGCGGCCCUCUGCCGCGCCCGGCAGAUCCGCCAGCCUCCUUCUUUCUCUCGCCCCGGACCGAUGCCGCAGCGCGACCACCGUGCCCAGUUGGCUCUCCCCGCUUACCUCCCGCUUGUUGCCACCGCCGUUCUCCUGCCCGUCUGCCCCCAUCAGCCCCUCCUCUGCCCGCCCACUGGACGCCGCCCUCCGCCGCUCCCUCACUCAACAUGAGCACCGCCACCAAGCGCGGCACCUCGGCCCAGGCCACCUCGGCCACCGAGGCCGGCUCGGCCGCCAGGACCGAGGGCCCGAACUCCAGCCGCUACCUCCUGUUCAGUGACAAGAGCGACAAGGUCCCGGUCCUGGCCAAGGAGCCCCUGGAUGACUUCAUCCUCUCGUACCAGGAGGAGCCGCACAUGAGCCGGCGCAUGGCCAUGCUCAAGAAGUACCCCGAGAUCAAGCAGCUCUUCGGGUACACCCACCUGACUGGCAUCAUCUGCACGGCUCUGGUGAUCCUGCAGGUCGGCCUGUCGCUCUUCCUCAGCCAGUCGGCCCACUUCUUCUCCUGGUACUACUUUGUCAUCGCCUACGUCGUCGGUGCCACCGCCAACCACGCCCUCCUGCUGGGCAUCCACGAGCUGGCCCACUCGAUGGGCUACCGCGGCAUCAAGUACAACCGCCUGAUGGCCAUGAUCGCCAACAUUCCCAUCCUCAUCCCCUACUCCACCGCCUUCAAGGACUACCACCUGAAGCACCACCGCUACCAGGGCGUGCCCGGGGUCGAUGUGGACCUGCCCACCCGGCUGGAGACCAAGAUCUUCUGGCACUGGUCCACCAAGCUGCUCUUCUGCGUGUUCCAGAUCUUCUUCUACGCCAUCCGGCCGAUGUUCAUCCGGCCCUUCGAUCGGGACUCCUGGCUCGUGCUCAACUGGGCCAUCCAGAUGACCUUCAAUGUGGGGCUCUACACGCUCUUCGGCUGGCGGCCCUUCUUCUACAUGCUCCUGUCCACCUUCCUGGCCGGGUCCCUCCACCCGACGGCCGGGCACUUCAUCGCCGAGCAUUACUCCUUCGAUGGCGAGAAUGAGACCUACUCCUACUACGGGCCGCUGAAUGCCGUCACCUUCAAUGUGGGCUACCACAUGGAGCACCACGACUUCCCCAACAUCCCCUGGACCAACCUGCCCAAGCUGCGCAAGAUCGCCCCGGAGUUCUACAACAACCUGCCCUACCACAUGUCCUGGACCAAGGUCCUGAUCAACUUCAUCUUCGACGACCGUGUCACUGUCUUCAACCGCAUCGUCCGCGAGGCGCCGGAGGUGGCCACCACGACCCUCGGCGCGCCGCCCCUUGUCCACUCGAAGUUUGACCCGGCCCUGCGUGUGACCGCUGCCCAGUGAUGGCGGCGACCCGCCUCUCUGCCGCCGCCCCCGGCGACUGCCCGAUGGAUGAGAGAGAGAGAGAGAGAGAG